UGAGCUCCUUCCCUGUCUGUAGCCCACAGCUCCCACAAGUCAAACUCAGCAUCACAAAUGACACAGAUGUACCAGCGGCUUCCUGGAGUAGCUGAUUCUCCGCCCCUUUCCCCGGGCGGCGGCUCGGCUUUCCAGUGCACCCAGCAGGGGGCAUCCUUGUCCUUCCACUGUCCACCCUGGGGGCCGACUUGGCCUGCUGCCAGCAGCAGUGCCUUCCAAUCAGCAAUGCCCAAGAGUCAGCCCAAGGCCAACUCCCCAAACGUAGUCCUGUGACUUCCUUCUGCCACAGCUACUGCACUAUUAUUUACAUUGUUUUACCCCCCUUUGUCAACUUAACAUUUUUAAAAGCUUUAAUGCCUUUUUGGCAGAGUCUCACUACAUUGUCCAGUCUCUAGGUUGGCCUAGAGCUCCAGCCAGAGUUCUAGCAAUCCUCUGGCCUCAGCCUUCCAACGAACUGUGGCUAUGGGCAUGCGCCACCAUGCUGGGCAGCCUAUGUGUAUUUUUAAAAGAGGAAACCCCCUGUUCAAUAAAGGUCUUUCAAGUGGCUUGCCAUUCUUAGGGCUGGCAUCAGGAUUUGGUAGGAGCCUACAGGCCUCCAUUGAAGCUACAGUUGGGAAUCCCAGGACCUGUCCAGGGGAUACCAUGGAUGGGUAAGGAUAUAAAACCUUUGUUCUGUGGGCUUAGGGCCUGAGAUUGAAGGAGCAGAGUCCAGAAGUCUUUGAAGGAGGAACAGAAACACCCCUCCUCCCUUGCAGACUCUCUUCUAGGCCCAUGGCUGUAGGCAAGACAGGAAGGGAGGAACUUGGAUGUGGGGGCCAGAUCCGUCGCAGGUGACAGGUGUAGGGUUUGGGGAAGGGACAGGGAUUUCCCUUGCAAAAUUCAUUCAAACAGACAGGGAUCCUGAUCCCAGGGAGACAGGCAGAUCUGCAGGGGCUCCCAGGAGGCCCCCAGGAAGGUCCAGCGCUAGAGGGAGUGGGUAGGAGAGACACUGAGGAAGGGGUUGGAGCACCUGUCACCUGUGGGAGUGUGGGAGCUGUGUCCUGGUGGCUCAUUUAGGUCUUGCUCUAGGCUCCUGCCCCUCUGGUCUUAGAAUUGCUUUUCUGGGACCAUUUCUGAGCUAGCUUCCACUGAAGUGCUCACUACCUUUUGUUUGUUUGUUUUUGAGAGAGGCUCUCUUGUAGCUCAGGCUGGCUUGAACUCCUGAUUCCCCCCUUCCACCUCCAAAUGCUGGGACAACUGGCAUGUGCCACAGCCCACAGUUUUACCUUAAAUUCUCACUAAGGCUAACUAACUUGUCCAUCUAGCCUGUUCCCCUGUGCCCACCCCCACUCUCCUGCAUUGGCUCUCACCUGCAGAGGUGAGUAAUUCCAGGGCAGGGGGAAGGCCUCACAGUUGUCAGGAGUGGCACAAAGACCCCUGAUGUGACCUAUUGCUGAAAGCUGGGGCCUCAGAGGGGAAGGAAACCAUGGGUAGAGCUUCUAGCCUCCCCAGCUGGACUAAGAAAUUCGAUAAGAGUGGGUUAGGUAAGAGGAAGUGGCUGGGGCUAAGCCGGGCUGGAACUGAACCUCUGGGAUAGAUAGCGAUAUUGUAAUUACCACAACACUCUGAACAGGGUCUAGAGCAGGGCUGCUUCUGCCUUUCAGAACCUCUUGCCCCCCGGGUCCCUGUGUGAAGUGGAGUACUCAAGGGAGGCUGGUGGCAAAGGGCUUCUCCAGGCUGUGUAGAGCGGUAAUGAUUUUUAGGCCUUCACUGAAAGGCUCAGAGGCCCAGAGAAGUGUCACCGGUGAGGGCCAUAUUGCUUCACCUGACCCUCAUUUUCAUUGGGAGGAAGCAUUGAGAAAGAUGAGCUGGGUGCUCAGGGAACUUUGCUUAUUCAAAACACUCAAUGCCAGCUGGGGCUUGGCCUGUCCCUGACUCCCAUCUCCAGAGUGGACCCACCCUCUGAGGACAGAACCCCUGCUCUGUGGAGGACCCUUUUUCUAGAGAGCUCUUUGUGUUCCCGGUCCCUCAUCCCAAGGCUCUGUAAUGGCAUCUCCUACUGUCCAACACCUCACAUCACUCUCUUCCAUCCACCCUUCAGGGUCAAAUCUAAGCAGACUAUCCUUGUAACAGAGGCCCUGGCCUCAGGACUUCUAGACCUCAUGGCCCGCCCCUCAGUUCACAGCAGCCCAGAGAAGGAAGCCCAGAAUAGGAAGUGCUGAGGCAGAGGGUGGGGAGGGACUCCCAGGAGAGGAGCCCAGCCCCUCCGGGCAGAAACAGCUAUUGUAGCCCCCCACUUCAGACAGAGGAGGAGGCUGAUUUACAAGGCAGAUCGACUGGACCCCUGCCUGAGGCUAUGAGUCCUGCGUCUAGCCUGUAGGCUAUAAGAGCACCCCAACUUCCGGACCAGGGCUGGGCGGGUGCCAUGUGAGCCCAGUCUAGCUUCCCCUCCUGUUCACCCGCCUUCCUUCCCUCCUCCUGUCUGCUGGUAUCUGCCCAGCCUCUCCAAAGAGGGACACUUGACAUCAUGUCUCUGCUCAACCCUGUCCUGUUGCCCCCCAAUGUGAAGGCGUAUCUGAGUCAAGGAGAGCGCUUCAUCAAGUGGGAUGAUGAAACUUCAAUUGCCUCUCCAGUUAUCCUCCGUGUGGACCCCAAGGGCUAUUACUUAUACUGGACAUAUCAGAGUAAGGAGAUGGAGUUUCUGGACAUCACGAGCAUCCGAGACACUCGCUUUGGCAAGUUUGCCAAGACGCCCAAGAGCCAGAAACUCCGGGAGGUCUUCAACAUGGACUUUCCAGACAACCACUUCCUGCUGAAAGCACUCACCGUGGUGUCCGGCCCGGACAUGGUGGACCUCACCUUCCACAACUUCGUCUCUUACAAGGAGAAUGUGGGCAAGGACUGGGCUGAGGAUAUACUGGCUCUCACCAAACACCCCAUGACAGCCAACGCUCCCCGAAGCACUUUCCUAGACAAGAUCCUGGUGAAGCUUAAGAUGCAGCUCAACCCUGAAGGGAAGAUCCCUGUGAAGAAUUUUUUCCAGAUGUUUCCUGCUGAUCGCAAACGAGUAGAAGCUGCCCUCAGUGCUUGUCACCUUGCAAAAGGCAAGAAUGAUGCCAUCAAUCCCGAGGACUUCCCAGAGUCUGUGUACAAGAGCUUCCUCAUGAGUCUCUGUCCUCGGCCAGAAAUUGACGAGAUCUUCACUUCUUACCACGCUAAAGCUAAACCCUACAUGACCAAGGAGCACCUGACCAAAUUCAUCAAUCAGAAGCAGCGAGACGCUCGGCUCAACUCCCUGCUGUUCCCGCCCGCCCGGCCCGAGCAGGUGCAGACUCUCAUCGACAAGUACGAACCCAGCGGCAUCAAUGUGCAGAGGGGCCAGCUGUCACCAGAGGGCAUGGUCUGGUUUCUCUGCGGACCAGAGAACAGUGUGCUAGCCCACAAUACACUGCUGCUCCACCACGACAUGACCCAGCCACUGAAUCACUACUUCAUCAACUCCUCACACAACACCUACCUGACAGCUGGCCAGUUUUCUGGCCCUUCCUCGGCUGAGAUGUACCGCCAGGUGCUCCUGUCUGGCUGCCGUUGUGUGGAGUUAGACUGUUGGAAGGGGAAGCCCCCCGAUGAGGAGCCCAUUAUCACCCAUGGCUUCACCAUGACCACAGAUAUCUUGUUCAAGGAAGCAAUCGAAGCCAUUGCAGAAAGUGCCUUUAAGACCUCCCCCUAUCCUGUCAUCUUGUCGUUUGAAAACCACGUGGACUCACCCCGCCAACAGGCUAAGAUGGCCGAGUACUGCAGGAGUAUGUUUGGAGAAACCCUGCUCACAGAUCCCCUGGAAAAAUUCCCUCUGAAGCCUGGCAUCCCUCUGCCCAGCCCUGAGGACCUCCGGGGCAAGAUCCUCAUUAAGAAUAAGAAGAACCAGUUUUCUGGGCCAGCAUCCCCCAGCUUCCCUGGUGGGCAGAAACCUGGUGAGGAGGCCGAGGGCAGCUGCCCGUCUAGUGUCCCCACUGAGGACACAGUGUGGACUGCUGAGGACCGGACUGAGGUGGAGGAGGAGGUGGUGGAGGAGGAGGAAGAGGAGGAGUCAGGAAACCUGGACGAAGAAGAGAUAAAGAAGAUGCAGUCGGACGAGGGUACAGCAGGCUUGGAGGUGACAGCUUAUGAGGAAAUGUCCAGCCUUGUCAAUUACAUCCAGCCCACCAAGUUCAUCUCCUUCGAGUUCUCCGCACAGAAGAACAGAAGUUACGUCAUCUCCUCCUUCACGGAGCUCAAGGCCUAUGAGCUGCUCUCUAAGGCCUCGAUGCAGUUUGUGGACUACAAUAAACGCCAGAUGAGCCGAGUGUACCCCAAGGGCACACGCAUGGACUCUUCCAACUACAUGCCCCAGAUGUUCUGGAAUGCUGGAUGCCAGAUGGUUGCCCUCAAUUUCCAAACAAUGGACCUGCCAAUGCAGCAGAACAUGGCACUGUUUGAGUUCAACGGGCAGAGUGGAUACCUCCUGAAGCAUGAGUUCAUGCGCAGGCUGGACAAGCAGUUCAACCCCUUCUCAGUGGACCGCAUUGAUGUGGUGGUAGCCACCACCCUUUCCAUCACGGUGAUCUCUGGGCAGUUCCUGUCAGAGCGCAGUGUUCGCACCUAUGUGGAAGUGGAACUCUUCGGCCUCCCAGGGGACCCCAAGAGGCGCUAUCGCACCAAGCUGUCACCUACUACUAACUCCAUCAAUCCUGUCUGGAAAGAGGAGCCCUUUGUCUUUGAGAAGAUCUUGAUGCCUGAGCUGGCCUCCCUCAGGAUAGCUGUGAUGGAAGAAGGCAACAGAUUCCUUGGGCACCGAAUCAUCCCCAUCAAUGCCUUACACUCUGGAUACCACCACUUGUGCCUGCGCAGUGAGAGCAACAUGCCUCUUACCAUGCCCGCCCUCUUCGUCUUCCUGGAGAUGAAGGACUAUGUACCCGACACGUGGGCAGAUCUUACUGUGGCUCUCGCCAACCCCAUCAAGUACUUCAAUGCCCAUGAUAAGAAGUCUAUGAAGCUCAAGGAGGUGACAGGAAGUCUGCCUGAGAAGCCCUUCUCAUCCGGGAUUCCUAUUGCCAGCCAGUCCAAUGGAGCAUCAGUCCCAGCAGGCAACGGGUCAACAGAGCCACAGACCACCAGCUUGGAGGAGCUGCAGGAGCUGAAGGGCGUGGUGAAGCUGCAGCGGAGACAUGAGAAGGAGCUUCGAGAGUUGGAGCGGCGUGGAGCCAGGCGCUGGGAAGAGCUGCUGCAGCGUGGCACCGCACAGCUGGCAGAACUCGGGGCUCCAGCAGCUGGCUGCAAGCUCCGCCCGGGCAAGGGCUCCCGCAAGAAGAGGACCCUGCCCUGUGAGGAGACUGUCGGGGUGGCGCCUAACGAGCUUCCCGAGGGUGCAGACCCGCGCGUGCAGGAGCUGAAGAACAGGCUGGAGCAGGAGCUGCAGCAGCAAGGCGAGGAGCAGUACCUCUCUGUCCUCAAGCGCAAGGAGCAGCACGUGACCGAGCAAAUCGCCAAGAUGAUGGAGCUGGCCAGAGAGAGACAGGCGGCUGAACUCAAGACCUUCAAGGAGACCUCAGAAACUGACACCAAAGAGAUGAAGAAAAAACUGGAGGCCAAGAGGCUGGAACGGAUCCAAGCCAUGACCAAAGUCACCACAGACAAGGUGGCCCAGGAGAGGCUCAAGAGAGAGAUUAACAACUCCCACAUCCAGGAAGUGGUGCAGGCUAUCAAGCAGAUGACGGAGACCCUGGAGCGGCACCAGGAGAAGCUGGAAGGGAAGCAGACAGCCUGCCUGGAGCAGAUACGGGAGCUGGAAAAGCAGUUCCAGGAGAAGGCGCUGGCUGAGUAUGAGGCCAGGAUGAAGGGCCUGGAGACGGAAGUAAAGGAAUCAGUGAGGGCUUGCUUCAAGGCCUGCUUCCCCACUGAAACAGAGGACAGGCCUGAGGGGGCCUGCGAGGCCUCCAAAGAGUUGUGUCCACAGGAACCACUCAUGACCAAAGCAGACACCCAGGAGAGCCGCCUCUGAUGCCACCAUCCUCACUCAGACAUUUUAGCAAGUAUAGUCACACCCUUCUCUGGAACAUGGUUCUAUUCCCUAGAAGAGAAGAACCCUGCUACUCGGGGGCUGUGGGAGCCUGUGUCUUCCUUGGAUGCUCCAGGAAAAGGCAGGAAGAAGAGACCACCAGGGUGAAGAACCCACUUGGAACCCACGUCUUUUUCUAAGCUGGCUUCUUCUGUCAUCGAAGGCAAAGGAGUACGGACCGAGAGAGAGGAGAUUGGGUUCUGGUCUUCCCUCUGCCUUUCCUAGUGGGCAACUAACAGCUCUUCACUUGGAGCUCCCUUUCUGGAGGCUUGCCUUUGCUCCCCAGAACCUUGAUGUUUCUACGUGGGGCCCCCGUAGAACCAAAUCCAAGCCCUCCUGCCUUGAUGUAGGGGCUUCCAGGCCACAUCUCAGGUCUCCUUGAGUACAGAGUGUACUCUGAGUAAGGAGUGCCAUCUCCUUAAGGCAGAGCCUGGUAAAGCCUCAAAGUUCUCUGGGGAUAGCUACUUCCAGAAUGGCAGCAAAAGGCCCUGCCCUCACCUCCUGCUUGUGGGGACAGGAGGCUGCAUGGACAAGAUUCCUUGACUGCUCAAACACUGGAGUGGUGAGGGGGGACUGUAGCUUCUCGGGUGUUCUCUCUCCCCCCUAUGAACCUGGGUUCACCCUUUUUUCUAGGUCUCGGUCUGGCACUUCCUAUCAGGUACCCCACCCCUAUCAGGUGGGUUGCUUGAGGAAGGAAUUUGUCAUCAUUUUCUUUCCUGGAUUUAGGUGGUUUAUUUAUUUUCUUUCUAUGCCUACCAAAGAACCCUUACCUGGAACUUCCUGCCUUAGGCUGGCCUCUGUUCUCUGGUUAGGAAAAGACAGCAGAGGAGUGGAAUGUCUCUGAAAUGAAGCUGCUUGGAUGAGGAUGGGGGUGGGUCCCUGGGGAGUCCCCCGGGGCUCUCUGUAACAUGGCCCUGCCUCUGGCCUUGAACAGGAGUUGCUUCCCUGUCUGCUGGUCCCGAUGCUGGAACCACUGGAGGAUGAUGUCAUUCCCCUUCUCCACUCCCACACAGAUGGGGCCCUUCCUUGUCUCCACCCUCAGGGCUGGAGCAAAAUACAAAAGUGCACCCCAUCUCUUAGGAACUCCCAAACCUUAGGUUAUCUGGGCCUCUUUCAGGAAGACCUGCAGUGACCACAUAUUCGGGGCCUGGCCGCCGCUGCGGUUGAUUGCUGCUCUUGCUGGAGGCAGGGCUUGUGGAUAGCCGUUCAUCACACUGACAGCUCUGUCCCAAAUCCCAAAUGGGGCUAGCAGGGUGGGGUGAUUCUGGGAAGAGGUUGUUUUCUUAUGGGAGAGUUACAACAGAUGCCAUUAACUAUGAGCACCUGUGCCUUUGGAAAAUGAACAGGGACACCCUCCCUGUGUACCUCUCAGGGCCUGACCUCAGGGGUCCCUACCCGUCCCUGACCACAGGGUAAAGCUAAGGCCUAUUCAGUCAUACAACUAAAGCCUGGCCUUUGUCAGCCAGCCUCCCCGUCAUACCCCACUGGGUACCACCGGGGUGGGACAUCUGCACCCCAGAGCAAUGCUCUGACCUCGACCCAUUGCCAGAAGUCCUGUUUUCCCCUUUCCUCCCACCUCCCGGGGCUUAGACCUCUGUAGGGAUGAGGAUCCAGACUGAGGGGACCUCAGUGAGCCAGGUACAUCAGCAUCCAUCAGAGUCGACACAGUGCACUGGGUAAUAGCCACAGUCAAUACCCAUGAACCCACGGGGCAAGGAGAAACUGCCUUCAUGUCUCCUCUUGCCAGGUCAGGAUUGAACGGAGCAGCCCAGGAAUGGGAAGGGGAUACGACCCUGCCUUCUGAAGGGGCCUCUGAACAGCUUCUUAAGCAGUCCGGAUAUUCACUUGCCUGCUUCUAGUCUGAUGCCAAAAGGGCCAGUUCUCCCCCUGGGCAAAUGCUGUCUCUAGGCCCCAGAGAGAAAUUAAUCUCUGGCCACCUGGGAAGGACAGAGGAAGAGUUGAUGCUCUCCGUUGGGCACUGGGCACUGAGCACUGGACAGGUGAAAGACACCUGAGUUCCAUCCCUGUUAUACCAUAGGGCCAGGGCCAGGCUCCCUUUUCACUCAUGAUUUCCAUUUACCUCCCGCAUGGGGAAGGGUCCUCACCCCUUCGCAGUCCCGUGGUUGACUCAGUACCAGAUCCUCUGCUGACUCACCCCACCUCCCCAGCUCCCUGCAGCUCCCAGGCACGUGCCACUAGACUCAACCCUGAGGAGCUAGCUAGUGCAAUGUGACAGGCUGAGGGGGCUGGUGACACUUGAGGAGGAAAGGAGGGGGCGGGGAAGGGCAGUUACAGACAGACAGAUCUGCAGUCUGAGGCACCUCUGGGAGGAAGCCCUUGUGCCAGCCUGGGGCCUGCAGGAGGAGAAGCUGGGCAGGUGGGAGGGGAGGAGGGUGAAGUGCCUGCCUGCCCCCUGCCAGCACAGCCCCUUCUCCUGGCAGCCUUCAGCUCCCUCAGCGACAGCUUCUAAUUCAGGCUGUUGGUGCCUCUGCGCCUCACAGUGAAGGCUCAGCUUUUUCCUGGUUUGCCAUUUCUUUCCUGUUCAGAACAUGGUGAGCCCAGGGAAGAAAGUCAGAGCGAAGGACCUGGGAUCACUGUCCGUCUAGGAACUUGGCACAGACAGCGUGAGGCUCUGAAGGGGACUUGACCAACUACCCACCCCAUUGUUUCUCUCCACCACAGGCAAGGGGCAUAAACAAAGCUGUGCUGGCCCACUGGGAGGAAGGGCCUGGCCAAUGCCCUCGUCUGGGCUCCUGCUACUUUUCUCCUCCCAGAGGUACCCAGCCUAACCUAUCUCCUGAGCCUAAAGGCAGACACACAGGAAGAACGUGUUUUCUCUCAUGAUGCAGACAGGGAAAACUGAGUCCAAAAGGGACAAAAGCCUUUCUUCUGAGUAAAGAGAACAUUCCUGUUCCCUUCCUGGGAGUGGAGAGUGUCACCUAGAGGUAGGACAGACUACCCUCUAAAAAAUGAUGCGGCACUGUCUGGGGAGCAGGCUGAGGUGUCUUCACUUCCUCUUACAGAUGGGAGCAUGCAGGUCUGCAACGAGGCUGCUAGUACAUGACACAGGCUGAGACCUAGCUCUCGUGCCAAGAAAUGCGUGGGGGCUCACUCCACAGGGUGUGCAGUUAGUACCUGCUCCUCAGGGGACAAAGGACAGUGUGAGUCCCUGCUGCACGGUCUAGCCCAAAGCCACGGUGGGCAUCCCUGGAGCCCCGGAGUUCAGAAGGCACAGGGGCUCUCGGGCCUUUUGUCCUUUCUCCAGGACCAAGAGCCCUCCUCACAGAAUCCUGGGCCGCAGGAGUCUCUUACAAAGCACAUUCCUGCCCUUCUGAGGCUGAGGACCCCUUGAUGCCUCACUGGAUUUCCUGUCUCUUACAGCGUAGGACCCCUGAACACAACCCCCAAGUUGUCCCUGUUAGGUGCCCUUGUCUCUGUAACCCCUCUGUCUGGACCGUCUUAUUGCUUAGAAGCCCAACAUCACUCAUCCCUGAGGGGCCAACCACCUCAGCUGCUGUCUUCAGGAUACCCCUGAUCCCUCUCUUUGCUAUCAUUCUGACCUUCCUUCCACUGGCUGGCUGAGUUUUGUAUUUAGCAGAUGUAGUCAAUCCUUGGGCGACAGCCUCCCCUCCUCAUAUCCUGGGUUUAUCUUCCUGACUGAGAAGGCAAAUCUCAUCCAUUCAGGAUCUAGUUUGUGCAUCUGUGUUUCCCGUUGCUAGAAACGCAGCGCUGGGCUCAUGACAUCUGAGACAUCCAGUAGUUGACUCAGUAGUUCACUUUUUCUUUUUUUUUUGAGACAGGGGUCUUGUGCAGCCAAGGAUGAUCUUGAACUUCUGAUCCUCCUGCCUCCACCUCUCAAGUGCUGGGGUUACAGGCAUGCAGCGCCACACCUGGUUUCAUGCAGUGCCGGGAAUUGAACCAAUGGUUUUGUGUAUAUUGGACAAGUACUCUACCAACUGCAAAAAUCCCUAGCCCUUCACUUACUCUACAAAUAAAUUCCAUUCCAACUAUUCUCAUGCCCUCUGGA